CCCUCCCCUCCCCUGCAGCCUACCCACCCAUCCCUCGUCUUCCCUAUCCUCCUCCUCGAGCCAAAACAGUUGAAGCACAGUAAUCCCUAUCCGAUUUCACCUCCUUGAGGUUGAGGAGGAGUAAUUUCAUUAGAAGAAACAGUAGCAGUAGCAGUAGUAAUGGCGGAUUUGUUGUUGUUGUUGAUAUGAAGGAGCGGCAACGGUGGCAGCCGGAAGAAGACGCGCUACUCCGCGCAUACGUGAAGCAGUACGGCCCCAAGGAAUGGAACCUAAUCUCGCAGAGGAUGGGGAAAACCCUAGAUCGAGAUCCUAAAUCGUGUCUGGAGAGAUGGAAGAAUUACCUCAAGCCUGGGAUUAAGAAAGGCUCCCUCACGCCGGAGGAGCAGAGCCUCGUCAUCUCCUUGCAGGCAAGGUACGGCAACAAGUGGAAGAAGAUCGCCGCCGAGGUCCCCGGCCGGACCGCCAAGCGACUCGGAAAGUGGUGGGAGGUUUUCAAGGAGAAGCAGCUCAAGGCGGAGCAGCACAAGUCCAGAAAGACGAAUCAGAUCGAUUACGCCGCCGCGCCGGGAACCGCCGCCGCCGCCGCCGGAUCGUCCUCCGAGAGCGCCGCGCAGGGGAAGUACGACCACAUCCUUGAGACCUUCGCCGAGAAGUACGUCCAGCCUAAGAUGUUCAGCUUUCAGUCCCCUGCUGCGGCGGUGAUUCUCCCCGGCGCCGGAAUUCCUCUCCCCGUCCCCGAACCGCCACCGCCUCCGCCUCCUCCGCCGCCGCCUGUUCUCUCCCUCGGCUCGGAGCCGUCGAACUGCGCCGCCGCCUCGCUCCUGCCGUGGAUGAAUUUAAACACCACUCCUCCCAAAACGGCGUCGUCGUUAACCACUACCACAUCCUCCUCCUCGACGCCGUCCCCCUCCGUAAGCCUAACUCUCUCCCCAUCGGAGCCGGCGGUCCUCGACCCGGAGCCGCCGUGCCGGCUGAUUCCGUUCCAGCAACAGCUGAGCCUCCUAAUCCAGCACUGCAAGGAGCUGGAAGAAGGCCGGGAAACGUGGCUCCGCCACAAGAAGGAGGCGACGUGGCGGCUUACCCGUCUGGAGCAGCAGCUAGAGUCGGAGAAGGCGCGGCGGCGGAAGGAGAAGAAGGAGGAAACAGAGGCGGCGAUUCGGCGGCUCCGGGAAGAGGAGGCGUCGUACAUUAGCCGGCUGGAAGGGGAAUACCGGGAGCAGAUGAAGGCGGUGCAGAGGGAAGCGGAGGCCAAAGAGGCAAAGCUAAUGGAGGCCUGGUGCAGCAAUCACGUGAAGCUGGGGAAGGUCCUGGACCAGGUGGGGGCCCACGGCGGCCAUGGCUGCUCUGCACCUGCAUCUCUAUCUCUAUCUGUAUCUGCAUCUAUAUCUGACCGCCCACCAAUAUAACCCCAACCCAGCUACCUAUGUGCUAUGAACAUUCAACAUUCAAACUAUCAACUGUGAAAGAAGAAAGAAAUGUGAAAGAAAGGGUUGGGAAAGAGGGAGCAAAUUAAACACACAAACUCAAGCCUUACAAUUAUUAAUGAUAUUGCUACCCAAUCUCUUUGCACUUACAAAUUUGCCUGCCCUGCCCAUA